ACUCUUCACUAUUUCAUGAGCACACAGUUUAGUAAGUUUGUGUGGUCUGACGCUUUGUGGCUGAGCUGUUUUUGAUCUGAGAUGCUUCCAUUUCACAGUAACAGCAACGUUUUAGCUGAUCAGAACACACCUCAGAGUCCCGCUGGAUUAUCUACACACCGGUCAGGCACCAGCAGCAGCCAUGAGAUUCCAGACAGUACAUGUGCUACAUGUGAGACUGAGGAGACUGAUAUGGACAGAGGUGAGGCUGAACAGGAGACAAUGGGGCUCUUCAUCCCUGGGCCCAUGCUGUGCUGUGAAGCUGAGAAAGAUAAGGUUCCUCCCUCUCUAGAGACACUGUACCAGACUGUGCAGUGCAACAGCACCUCGGACUGCCUGCUGUUAGCAGCCCACGUGUUACUGCUGGAGACCGGCUUCUUGCCACAGGGUUGUGAUGUCAGAGCCAAAGAAAUGCCCAGCGGUUGGAAGGCAACAGAGGGCCUCUGCAGGCUGCAGUACUUUUACCCGUUCUGUGAGAACAGCCCAGUUCAGAUGGUUGGUGUGCUGAUGGGCCAAACACUUGUCAUAAAGAUCACUAUACAGACAACCGGUGCAGUAGAGUUUUCACAGAAGCUGGCACUGAAUCCUAAAGAUUACAUAAAUAAGGAGUGGGCAGGAAACACUGGACUGGUCUACAGAAAUAUGCAGAAACUGUCUCGUGUUUUUAAGGACCUGUUGGUUUACCCACUCAUUGCAAAAGCUAGAGAAGCACUGGGUCUGCCUGCACUGUUUGGUUUAACUGUGCUGCCCCCUGAGCUGCUUUUAAGGAUAAUGCAGCUGCUGGAUGUUCCCUCGAUCCUAAGGCUGUCUGAAGUAUGCAGACACCUGCACUAUUUUACUCACGAUGCCUCACUUUGGAAACAUUUUGUGUACCGUGAUUUCGGAGUCAAUUCUCAACCUGACACUGAGCACAGAGACACAGAUUGGAAUGAGCUUUACAAAAAGAAAUAUCAGCAAAAGAAGGCAUGGUACAAAUACAGAUCGAGGUUUUACUCUCCCCAUGUUACCCCAGUUACUCCUUAUCUCCGAGUGCCGGUCCGUCCUCUACCACCCAUUCUUCCUCAAAGCAUCGUCAGACAGGGGUUCAAUCGGAGACCUGCUAUUCUGCGGGCCAUUCUGCUACGCCCAAGCUAUGAUCCUAUUGGCCCAUUUCUAGGUUACGAACUGUCAAUGGGACCUUCCUUUGGACGGCAGCUACUGCGACCUACUAUUCUGCGGACCAUCCUGCCAUGCCCACCCGAUGCCCUUAUUGGCCCGUUUGUAGUUUAUGAACCGCCAACAAGACCUCUCUUUGGACGCCAGCUGAGGCCAAGCAGGAGCCGAGUACCACACACCAGGAGAAGCUUCAUCUGA